AUGUCUAGCGAUGUUUGGCAGCACGAACAAGCAGAAGAAAACUCUAAGGACAAAGCAGAUAUUUCAGACAAAAGCCAUGGUUCGUCAUUUAUGCUACUUUCAUCAAGCCUAAGAAAUAGUAUUGUCGAAUCUUCAGGAGGCCCUGUGUUUGAAAAAAGAGAACUUCAUCACGUCAGUAAGCAUAUCGAGAAUACGAAGACAAAAAAUAGAGUACUUCAAGUAUCUUUGAGAGCACUUCAAAUCAAAUCAUACUCUGAAUGCGACUAUGUUGUUAAGUUCUGGGGACCAUUAGUUGAGAAGUUGUUUAAAACCACUUCGAUCAUUCCUCAUUGGGGCGAUACAAUUCCUGGAUCUAUAACUUCAUUAGGCAUGAAGAUGAAAAUGGACCUUCGCCUGGUUGUAACCAACAGCUCUGAACUUCAGGAUCAUGGUUACGGUGAAGUAGCCAAAGAAUGCUCUACAUCAAAAUAUUUCAAAGACAAGAGAAAAACUGCUGUGGCUUCAAAAGCUUUAUUGAAUUCGAUUGUCCAGCAAAACGCAAUCAAUCAUGAAAAAGAUUGUGUCUAUAUUCCUUACUUGAUCCCAAUGGGUUUCGAUAUGCACUUGUGUGUAGUAUUUCUGAAAUCAAAUAAUUUUUAUAUCACCAAAAAGGUUUUCUGGGACAAGGUAAAAGAAGAUGAAUUGAAAGACGAGACAAGCGAUGACGAAGAAGACGAGGACGAUGAAGAAGACGAGGUUGAGGACGGCGAUUGUGGAGACUGA